UUUUUUUUCCUCGAUUAUCUGUUUGUGUUCUUUUUUCCUUCACCAGUUUAGCUUUUGAAUGGCUUCUACAGUUAAACCCAUUUUCAUCCUCCUUGUAUUCAUUUCAUUCCAUUUCUCACUGUUAGCAUCGAAACCCAACGACCCAACACCAUCAACAUGGCCUCUUCAAUUCCACUCCGUUCUCUUCAUGAACAACAGUGGCACUCUCCAGAAAGUUGAUCUCUGGUACGACUGGCCUAAUGGCCGCAAUUUCAACAUUAUUCAGAACCAGCUCGGUAAGCUCCUUUACGACCUUGAAUGGGACAAUGGCACUUCGUUUAUCUACACUCUGGAUUCGAACAAAGAAUGCAGAGUCUUGCACUUUGAUGUCGGUAUUCUCCGUCCUAAUUGGCUUGAUGGAGCUAAUUACUUGGGACAACAACAAAAAGAUGGGUUCCUUUGCAAUGUUUGGGAGAAAGUCGACUUCAUUUGGUACUAUGAAGAUGUCGUCACUAAGAGACCUGUUUUCUGGGCUUUCUACUCUGGGUACACUGCUCAUGUAAUGACAUUUGAAGUGGGAGCUGUUCUUGAGGAUUCUAAAUGGCAGGCGCCUGUUUAUUGUUUCAAGGAAGCUGAUGGGAAGAGGAAUCAAGCUUUGAUUGAAUCUUUGGGAUCGAGUGAUCAUCUCCAUGGGAAGCUGAUGAGACAGAUUUCUUCCGGUGCCUCUAUGACUAUAUGAUUAUUGUUAAUAAAACAGUGUAUUUUUCCUUUGAUGAUUUGAAUAAAGUUUGUGGGGUUUUUCUUUUUUA